AUGAGUGACCCCGUUGGCGCAGACGAUCUGGUCUAUGUCGCACAGGCCCACGUUCCCCAGAAGGAGAUCCAGGCCGUCGAUGAGAAGAAGGAGCCUCAUAUCCCCAUCAACGAGAAAGAAACCACAGUGGUGUCGACGGUGCCCUCAAUCCACAAUGUCCACGAUGAUGGGCGCGAAUACCCCACUGAGGAAGAGGAGAGGACCCUGCGUCGAGUCUCCGACUCGGUUAGCUGGACCGCCUACACGGUCGCGUUUGUCGAGCUGUGCGAGCGCUUCUCAUACUAUGGAACAACUGCAGUUUGUAGGUUUAGCAGGAGGUUUGGACAGUCCGGUGCUCUGGGCCAGGGUGAACGGACCUCUACUGCGCUGACAACCUUCAACACCUUCUGGUGCUACGUCAUGCCCAUCUUGGGUGCCUGGAUUGCCGAUGAAUACUGGGGUCGUAUGCGAACCAUCCAAGUCUCCAUCGGAUUUGCUAUGCUCGGUCACAUUAUCAUCAUCAUCUCAUCUAUUCCCCCGGUUAUUGUACAUGCAAACGGUGCACUGGCUUGCUUCGCUGUUGGUCUGGUGAUUUUCGGCAUUGGUGUGGGCGGAUUCAAAUCCAAUAUCUCGCCCCUGAUCGCAGAACAAUACAAGGAGACCAGACUCUUCAUCAAGACCAUUCCUAAGACUGGCGAGCGCGUCAUCGUCGAUCCUGCGCAGACCAUCACUCGCAUCUUCCUCUACUUCUACUUCAUGAUUAACGUCGGCUCCCUGAUCGGAUCCGUGGCCAUGGUGUACGCGGAGAAGUAUGUGGGAUACUGGCUGGCAUUCCUGCUGCCGACCAUCAUGUUCGGUAUUUGUCCGAUUGUUUUGUUCUUCUGUCGCAAGCGAUACACCGUGACGCCCCCGACUGGAUCGGUCGUGACCAAAGCCUUCCAGCUGUGGAGCCUGGCUCUUCGGGGCCAAUGGUCCUGGAACCCUGUCACUUUUGUCAAGCCCAGUCGUCUUGCCAACAAGCCCACGUGGAUGACCUUUGAUGACCAGUGGGUCGAAGAAGUGCGUCGUGCCGUCAAGGCCUGUGCUGUCUUUGCCUGGUACCCUCUUUACUGGCUGGCCUACGGACAAAUGACCAACAACCUAACCUCCCAGGCGGCCACCAUGCAGCUGCACGGCGUGCCUAACGACAUCAUCAACAACCUGGACCCCCUUGCCCUCAUCAUCUUCAUCCCGAUCAUGGACCAGUUCAUCUACCCGGGUCUCCGCAAGAUGGGCUUCCACUUCACCCCGAUCAAGCGUAUCUAUGUGGGAUACCUGCUGGCCUCCGCAUCCAUGAUUGCCGCCGCCGUCACGCAGUACUACAUCUACAAGCUGAGCCCGUGCGGCAACCACCCCAGCAGCUGUGAUGAGGCCGCCCCCAUCAACGUGUGGGUGCAGGCAGUGCCGUACGUGCUGAUUGCCUUUUCGGAAAUUUUCGCCUCCAUCACGGGUUACGAGUAUGCGUAUACCAAGGCGCCCAAGAACAUGAAGAGUUUAGUUCAAUCUCUGUACCUGUUCAUGAACGCCAUCUCCUCUGCUAUUCAGCAAGGUCUUACCGCCCUGUCGACCGAUCCCCUCCUGAUCUGGAACUAUGGCUUCGUCGCCGUGCUGGCGUUCGUCGGUGGAAACCUCUUCUUCCUCUGCAACUUGAAGCUUGAUAAGGAGGAAGACGAGUUGAACAACAUCGAGGAGUCGGCGUAUCUGGGGCGCAACGUGGGUGACUCCGGAAAGGUCGAGGCAUAG